UCAGAAAUUUUACUUCUUAUAGCAAAGUGAUUGAUUCUCCAAAGUUUAUUCUUUUCUUUUUUGUUUCCCCUUUUACACAGUUCUGUGUGUCUCUGUUUUCUUCUGAAACUUUUUUCUGUGUAUUUCCUGCUUCUGGUGUUUCAGAACUGACGUAACCCAUAUUUUUUUUUUGAUAUUCUUAUCCUAGAAAAAAGAUUUUGAAGAUCCUAAUCUUCUUUUUUCUGCUACUUUUUUGGGUUUAAAAGGGGAGGUUUCCAACACAAUCAGUUCUUGAGGAUUUUUGUUUUUAAGCUUUUCAUACCAAAAACUGUUACAAAAGCUUGUGCCUUAAAGACCCUCUUCUCUCUUUAGUCUUCUUUAUUCGAAGAAUCUUUUUUCCCUUUUCUACUUCACGCCCUCUCUCACACUUUCGCUUUCAAUGCGAAUCUGAGAAAAUCACAUAAAAAUGGACCAACAAACCAUGUUUUCUAGUGGUGUUAAGUAUACUGAACACAGAAAGCAAAUCACUAUGGUUAGACCAUCAGCUCCGGCGAGUUUUACUGGCCGGAGGAGGAGCUCAGAGAUGAAUGCCAGCGGUCCUAGAGUUGUACGGAUUACUGUUACUGAUGCUGAUGCUACUGACUCUUCAAGUGAUGAAGGAGAACAGGGGUUUUAUGGCCGUCAAAGAGUGAGAAAAUUUGUGAACGAAGUUAGGAUAGAGCAGAGUAGCAACUGUAAUGGAAGUGUUAAUGGGGUUCUGAGAAAUGUGUCGUCGUCGUCGGAAACUGUUGCCGCCGCCGCUCCACCAAAGAGGCGGAAGAAGAAUGCCGGAGCAACGACGGCGGCGAGUAAGCUGAAAGUGAACAAUGUUAAAAAGUUUCGCGGCGUACGGCAACGGCCAUGGGGCAAAUGGGCGGCAGAAAUCAGAGAUCCACUGAGACGUGUACGAUUAUGGCUAGGCACUUACGAUACUGCUGAAGAAGCUGCUAUGGUGUAUGACCACGCGGCCAUUCAGCUACGUGGACCUGACGCGCUCACAAACUUCGCCACUUCUCCGGCGACUGCGAAGACUAGCUGCUCCGGCUACAACUCCGGCGAGGAAUCUCACAACGAUCAACGCUCACCGAAGUCAGUUCUCCGUUGUGCUUCAACUUCAUUUGAUGAGUCUCAGAAUAACGAAGAAGCUGAAGCUGAGUCAUUACCAAUUUUACCCUCCGAGGAGUCCGUUAAGAAGAACUCGGAUUUCAGGGACGGUAAUGACAUUUCCAUGUCGGAAAACUUCUGCGACUUUCCACCAUUUGAGAGUUUCUUCACCGAUGAUUUGUUUCAGUUCGAAAACCCGGUUACUCUAUCCGACUUGUUUGAACCGACUACUUUACCCGACUGCAGUAACAUAUUAUUCGGGUCAAGUACUACUGACUUCGGUUUCGGAUCUUCAUCCUGGCCAGAGGAGGAUUACUUUCAGGAUUUCGGAGAUGUAUUCGGGUCUGACCCGCUUGUGGCUCUUUGAUUAUCGGCUAUUUCCAUUGGCAGUUUAAUCGGCGAUCAGUGAAUGGUUUAAUAUCGUAUUAUUAUUUUGUUUAUUUUUUUAAGUUUCGUUUUUAGUUUAUCAGUUUUGUCUAAAUUCGUUUAUUAAUGUGAGUGAUUAAUGAGUAAUUAGUAAUUAGUAGUAUUAAUAUGUAACAGCUCCGUCACAUUAACGGUGAUGAUGGAUGAGAUUUUGCGGUA